UUCAAUUGAAGCCCGAAUGACUUUGUCAAAGAUUUUACGAGAGUACGUUGGAUAGGAAGUGCAUUUCUCGCCCGAGAUCAACGUGGAGAGGAUCCUAGUGUCGGGACUAAUGUAAUACCCAAACUCGGACGUUAGCUCACAGGAGCUAGCUGCCCAAACAAUGUCACAACGAAGCGAGGAGGUCGCGGGCAUACCAGCCUGAGAAACAACGUGCCUCAAGAAAACUCAUUCUCUCAGUGUGUAUGCGUAUGUGUGUGUGUUUACUGCUGCCAGAGAAGAGGCUUUUAUUUGGUUUACAGUGUUCAUGAACAGCGAAAAUGGGCUGUAAUUCGGCUCUUUACACCUUCAUGUUCAGUCUCCUGGGUUCGGUGCUGCUGACCAAGGUGCCGGGAGCGAAGACGUCGGAAGCGGUGAGGACGUGCGAACCCAUUCGUUUCGAGAUGUGCCGCGGACUGGGCUACAACGUGACAGGUAUGCCGAAUCUCGUGAAGCACCAGGUCCAGCAAGACGCGGGACUUCAGCUGCAGACGUUCACCCCACUCAUCCAGUACGGCUGUUCGUCGCAGUUGAAGUUCUUCCUUUGUUCAGUGUACGUCCCCAUGUGUACGGAGAAAGUGAUCACCCCCAUAGGACCGUGUCGCCCGAUAUGCGAGAGUGUCAGGCGCCGGUGUCAGCCGGUUCUGAAUGAGUUCGGAUACCCGUGGCCCGCCGCCCUCAACUGUUCGAAAUUCCCUCCCAAGAACGACCACAACCACAUGUGCAUGGAUGGCCCCGGGGAGGAGGCCGACCCCGUCACGGACCCGGCGGGCAAGUACGGGACCAACAACAACCACAACCGCCGCAUCCCCAACCUGGACAGGAGCACGGGCUUCCCCCGCGAGCACGCCAGUUUUCACCACGUCGGCGUCAGCUGCGAACACUAUCGCAAUCCCUCGAAAUACACCUACAUCAACAGGACAGAGAGGUGCGCUUUAAAAUGCGAGGAGAACGACGCCUUCACCACGGAGGACAAGUUCUUCGCCGAUGUCUGGAUGGCCAUCUGGGCCGGGCUGUGUUUCGUGGCCACCCUGUUCACCGUGCUGACGUUCCUCAUCGAUUCGCAGCGCUUCCGCUACCCCGAGCGACCCAUCAUAUUCCUGUCCAUGUGUUACAACAUCUACAGCAUCGCAUACAUUGUACGGCUUAUCGCCGGCCGACAGUCAAUAGCGUGCGAUACCGACAGCCAAAGUGGGAAACAAAUUCUGAUUCAGGAAGGAUUGGAAAACACAGAUUGUGCUAUUGUGUUCUUGCUACUGUAUUUCUUUGGUACGGCCAGUUCCCUUUGGUGGGUCGUUCUAACUUUCACCUGGUUUCUAUCGGCCGGUCUCAAAUGGGGACACGAGGCUAUUCAACUCCACAGCAGUUAUUUCCAUCUGGCCGCAUGGGCAAUCCCCGCCAUCAAGACCAUUGUAAUUCUAGUUAUGAGAGACGUCGAUGCCGACGAAAUCACAGGAAUUUGUUAUGUAGGUAAUCAAAAUACACAGACUCUCAUGGGCUUCGCCAUAGCCCCGCAUGUUGUGUACCUUUUGGUGGGUGCAUCCUUCUUAAUCGCCGGGUUCGUGGCGCUCUUCAGAAUCAGGAAGAGGGUGCGGGGAGACGGAAUAAAGACGGACAAGCUGGAGGUUCUCAUGGUGCGGAUAGGGAUAUUCUCUGUCCUUUACACCGUUCCGGCGACCUGUGUUAUCGGGUGCUUGUUGUACGAGUACGUCAACCGGACUUCGUGGUACGCUGCCAAAAGCACGAGUCAACCCAAUAUCGAGGUGUUCAUGUUGAAACUGUUCAUGUCGCUCGUCGUCGGCAUCACGAGCGGCAUGUGGAUGUGGUCGGCCAAGACUGUGGCUUCGUGGAGGAACUUCUUCACAAAGUUGUGUUCACGCAGGCGGGACAGGAAGAACUGGGAGCAUGUGGCAGUGCCCGUGCACCACUACCACCAGAUUCCCCUCAAACCGAACAGGACAAUACGGAUGGAUAAAUCCAAACGGACGAUGAGCAAAUCCGACACAGAGACCGUCGUAUGAAAGGAAGUCUAUGAUACGGUGUGGAUUAGAACUUGUGUCUGGAUUAGAACUUGUGUCUCUGAUGAUGGUCGUGCUCACAAAAACGUAUUAAGAGAGAGAAAGGGAGAAAGAGUACGAAAGAACUCGGUGUUCAGAGAAAUAUUUAGCACUUUCAGGAGAAACUGGUCAGUAUUUUGAACAGCUGGGAACCUUGGUUGUCCAGUUGACAGUCUGUGCGUUGUGGAUAGUCCCUAAGGUGGACGUUGUUACACGAGAAUGAAACCACCGAAAUACUUGUGAUAAAAAAGGAGAAUAGAGAAGCGGUUUAUUUGCGAGAAGUCUUCAAUAAAAAGGAAUUACAGGAGGGCAUUUAAUUUUUUUACUUACACGUUGAAACACAAAGUGUGCACACUACCUGUUUUUCAACUCGAGGUAUGUGAGGUCUUCUGUUGCCAUUUUUUUUUUUUGUCUAACGGAUUACUUUCAAGAAACAACGAGAUGUGCUCGAUGCGUAAUAAAACCCCUGGAUGGUUUCCAGUUACCGAGGUGAAACCAAACAACGAUUUACCUGUCUAAGUGACCCGCGUCCAAAAAAUGUCGUCCCAACACUGUGUUCAACAGUCCCACUUCGUCUUGUGCACAAAACGUGUCUGCUGUUGUCCAAAUACUCGCAAAAUACUAUUCCCAAAGUUUUUGUUGUUGUUGUUGUUGGUUUUUUUUGCAUUUGAAACAAAACAAAUAUAUUAGCCAAAAAAUAAUCUACCACCAAAAAAAAAAACCGAACAUGGACCAAUAGGACUGCCAAGGAAAGAAAGAAAUUUUACGGGUAAAAACAGAUUUGUUUUGUUAUUCUUUCCUCAGGACGAGACUAACUUAUACUAUUACAGUAUAGUACCUGUCUACUACUGUUACAGACAAGGUGCCGCGAGCGUUUUUUUUUUCUGUAUUUUUUUUUUCCACGGAACUAAGAAGUCUUGGUUAUUGAGCUUUGAUCUUGUCAGGGGUAUUUGUUGUUACAUGCUUUUGUUAAAUCUGUUUUCUGUUGUUCGUCUCUUAGAGAUGUAUUCCACUUGCAAACAUUGGAAAUCCUUCAAAUCUUUUGUCAAUAUUCAGGUGUUCGUGGUUAAGAUGUCCCUUCGACAUCGUGUAUAGAGGCUUUUAAACGUGGAUCUACUGUUUUGCGGUUUAAUACAAUUUUCAUUUACGAAUUGUGCCUUCGUUUUUGUUUUUUGGUUGUUUUAGGUUUUUUGGACUGAAUCAGGAAUCGGUUACGGUCAUUUCAGUGGGGGAGGGGGCUAGAAUGGAAAGUAAUUACAAAAUUUGUUAGCUGUUUCUGGUUUUGACAGUAUACUUUUAUACACAAGAGCGAUAGUUUUAGUAUUUUUGACAAUAACCAUUUUGGGGAAUUUAUUAACAUGUUCUCCAGUAUUCUUUUUUAAAAAGAUGGCACCUAGGUUCAUACUUUCAUUCGAUUUAAAUAAUAAUGUGUACUGGGGUGUCGUUAAACAUCUAUUCUAUUCUAUUAAUUAAUAAUGUAAAAACUAAACAUACUACUUUAAUUUGUUCUUUUAAUUUUACAUUACUUUCAUUUCUCCUAUAUUUUAUGUCAGUGCAAUUCAUGGUAUAAAAUAGAUAAAUCUGAGGAAAAAAACCCCCAAUUAGUUGGAAACUGAAAACGAAUAUAAUUCCAUUUAGAUAAAUAUACAGUGAUGAAACUCCUUUAAGCAUCGUCGUACUAGAUAAAAUGUCAGGUUUUGGGGAGGUGUAGUGUAUCGUUUAUUUAUCGUUUAUCAGGUAUAAAACAUUUUUAAUAAACAUCUAAAACUGUAAAUUACAGAAAACUACGGACAUGUAACUGAAAUCUAGCUAGCUUAACAUUCCGAUACAAAACGUAAACAACGGCAAUGCACUUAAUUAAUUUCUUAGCUGUUUUGUUGGCACCUAUUGUAAACCAAGUGCAACUUGUUAAUUACAGUUUUGUUAAAUAUCUAAAACUGUUGAAGCUAUUGUUAGCUUUGUUUCACUUUUCUAAGCAUAUAUAGGUCAACUUGAAUGCUUCUCUAUAUACACGAAUAUACACUUUUCUUAUCAAUGAGCAACCGAUAUAUAUAUAUAUAUAUAUAUAUAUAUUUAUUUAUUUAUUUAUUUUAUUGUACAAAACGCCCACAAGACGUUGAUACAUGUGUUAACUGUCACCAUAAAUCAGAUUUGCUGACAUUCAAUCAAAAUGCUAUGUUUUCUUCUCUUUCUUUUUUUUCCUUCUUGUUUUGACAUUAGGUAUUUGUCAAAUGUUGCAAGUGGAAUACAUACAACGGAGACGAGAUGUUUUUCUUAUUUUUAAUCUGUAGCUAUUACGACAUGUAGCCUUAACUUACACGUUCAUUCUGUUACUGAAAACAGUUGCACCUACACCCUAUCAACGUUUUAAUAGCAUAUUUUAAAAUCAGUAUUUAAACACGAGAUUCUAUUUUAAAAUCUUCUAAACAAAGUGUUUCGAAAUUGUGAAAUGUUUGGGGGCUUAAUAUAAAGACAUUUGCAACUAAUGCUAUCUAAUAUUAAUUUUGUAUUUCCUAGUUUUCUUACACCCGUUGAACUACAUGCUCCUGAUAUUCUCUUAUGUAUACUGAUCAACAAAAGCAACGCGAAUGUUAAUUUAUUUUUAAUUCAUUUAAAAUUAUUCAGCUUGAAUCACAUUCGACUUUAUGUCUAUUAAAAUCACCAAUGUCUUGUGAAGAUCUUGAGCCCAUUUGAAAGGUCUAUUAACUGAAUUAAUUUGAUCAUGGAAAAAAAGUAUAUAUUAAAAUAUGUGCGUUGCUUUUGUUGUUCACUUACAAUAUUCUGUUUCAUUUGUGUUAAUUAAGCACCAGUUGAAACCGAUCUUUAUUACAAAAUUGUGUUACUAUUGUUAUGGUGGACAUAUACAAAAAUGGGGUGGGGUUAUGUUUAACUGAUUUAUAUCAUUUACUGUGUAAAUUGGUAUUUAAUUUUAAAAUUAGUUUGACAAAACUCUUGUUAUACUGUAGACCGACCAUUUAAUUUUUGGUUAUAAAAAUAAAAUCUAUUUAUUAUC